GUGGUGUCGCGCUUGCUGGUGUUAUCGGAUGCUUGUUGUGGCUUUUCGCCGGCUUUCGCGGACGAUUGUUCGGAUCUCCGUCAAAACGAUGUGAAGGGGGCGACACCUAUCCUUGACCUUUCUUGACCCCCGGACCGUGAGGAUUCACUCGUCUCCGUCUCAGCGCAGAGAAUAGACUAAUAUUUCAUCUUCACUAGCAGCGGUCUGUGGGUGAACUGCUUCAAUCUUUCUCAACAUAUGGCGUCUAAUCCUCGCAGUUAACUUCACCAAAGUGUGAACGUAGCGAUGCCAUGUAAGGAAUAUUUAUAAAAAAAAAUUAAAGCCAAAAGAUCAACUAUAAACCUUAAAACCUUUUUCUUCUACGAAAGCUGCGAAAAGAAUUUAGAAACCGCCUUUGAUUUGGUCGAGGUUCAAACUGUGCUGUGCUUCGUGUCGAAGUUUAGUUUUCACACCUUGGCUUCAGGGCGACUGACAAGUACAGGUAUCGGGUACCUGUGUCAGGACAGGAGAACGUCUCUCGAGCCCCGCGACACCAAGUGACCAGCGACGUGGCAUGAGGAGAAAACAACAAUAAACACAACUGAAGACUUGAUCCUCAAGCCGUUGUCCGAACAGGAUUUUGUUUUCGCGGUCGGGAGUGUGGCAACGAUGAGUCUGUCCUCGCUCCUGAUGGCUUCCGGUGCCAACGAAGAGGCGCGGCGCGAGAACGAGGCUCUGACGUCAGAGCUGGAGGCGGCCCAGCGCGAGCACAAGAAGCUGCGGCAGGUGGUGGAGCAGCUGUCACGUGACUACGAGGCCGCCAAGGACCUUGACCCUCUCCGCCGCUACCAGCGUCUCAAGGGGAUGGCCAAAAGAACAGUUCUUCACAUCCGCUUGGAUCCAGACCAGACUGGGUCGUCGCAAGGGAUUGUGGGGCUUGCCCAAGGCUGCAAGGAGUACGCCAGUCACGUGGAGGGACAGAAGCGGCGAGAAGAGCGCUGUAGCAAGAUGACGAGGCAAGACGUGUGCCAGGACAACGCCCGCAAGACCGAGCAGCUGAGGGAGGUCAAGCGGAAGUGCUCCAUCAUACGUGACCUCAUCCAGCAGCUGGAGGCCAGCUACGACCACUCCAAGCGUUACCUCAUGCCCCAGCGCUAUCGUCUGCUCAAGGACAUGAUCAAGCACGUCACGCAGGACGACCUCGCCAGGUAAUGACGCACUUCCGUGUCCCGCCAUUCCAGCGAUGACCCCGACUGCACUUCCUGUUGGGGUCAUGACCUUCUGCUGUGUCGGACGACCGAGGUGCAGACAGUGAUGCCCUUGUCCCACCUCGGUGGACCGCGAGGGUAAGGGAGGUGACCGACGCUUUCAACAUCUGCUUUGUGUCACGGAUUUUUUUUAAAAGUUUAUUUAUUCUUCAUUAACUUCAUGAAGAUAUCACCAAACCUCAAUAUACUGAGUGUCAUGUGACAUUUAUUCCUCUCUCUCUCUCACACACACAAACACACACACACACAGGUAUCCUACAGCCCGCGCGUGUCAGUCCUCCCUGGUGAUGUCCUUCCCAAUGAGCUCCGUACAGUGAGCCUAACACAGUUUUCUUGUCUGCCACCUUUCUGACAUUUCUGUCGUGACGGAAAUAACCAAUCAGUGGCUGACACUGACACUGAUAGACUGUCAGGUGACUUGUUGAUUUUAUUUGGCUAACUUCAUCGCUAUUUCUAUCCUCCUCUCUCUCAUCCUACUUCUCCCGCAGUUUUGUCGUCUGACAAUAAAGACUGUUUAGGGUGUUCAGAGGGUGUCGGACUGAACUGUAUGUUGUUCACGAUCAGCCCCCCGCCCCAGUCUGAGAAAGAGAGGUUUUUAUAUAAAACACACCAAAGGUGAUGUCAGCACGAUGCCUUUCUCGCGGUAUACCCCAGAAAAGCUUCCGCGCGCAGAUGAAGAUGAAGGAAAGCCCGACAGAAAGGUUUGGAAAGUGUUGAAGGCAGAGUUGAUGGCAUCACUGCACACAGGGAGGCAGCAGCUUCCCCUCCAGUUGCUAGGCUGAGAGGUGGAGAGGGAUCAGAGACAGUGGCCUUUCUGAACAUACUUCUUUCAUCCACUUCUUCCUCAACUGAAUGAGGCUCAUUUUCGAGAACAGAUUUUUGCACGAUGGCCACAUUGCAGGCAUGGCUUCCCCUCAAAUGGCGAAAUUAUUUCCUUCAUUGGCGGCCAUUCAGCUCUGUGUUCAGCCUCGCUACGAGUUGGGGAGGAUGAAGGUGGGGGCAAGGCCUGAAGCUCCACAUAGACGGUCUGACUUUGUCGAAUGAAAGAUGAUAAUCAGUCCAACCCAUCUCACCAACAUCAUUUCUCUUUCGCAAAAUUUGAUCCGAACAAGUGCAGACCAAUACUUUUGCUGCUGCUGCGGGCAGGAAAGGGCGUGGGCAAUGGAGGACAGACACCAAGCUUGUGUGGCAGACAUCAGACUUGAAUUCUUGACCAUCCCUUUCAUGCAACUUGUCGCAAAAUGUGCAGCAGGCCUAACCCACCAGUCCAGGUGUCCUCAGGUUUGUGGCUACUUCAGUUGCCCACAUUCUUCUCUGCACGUGCAAGCACGCCAUUGCUGUACACAAACACAGGUGCACAAGAGGAGCAUCAUGGAACCCACUGGCAGACACCUGCACACACACACGCGCGCAUGCGCAUGCCACCUCUCGCGUUAAAAUGCUAACACACCAGUUAACAAUGUUUACCCUCAGCUAAAAUAUUUCUCACCUCAGUUACAGUAUUGUUUACACUCAGUUUGUACUGGAUGUUGUGAGCGUGACACCACAAAGAUAUUCCCAAGAUUGUCUGUUCAACAAAAAUAUGCGAAAUCAGCAAGUCGCUAAAGGGACAACAAAUAAAUAAAUCAGUUUUGUCUCAGGUGUGAAUCCGCUGUUUUCAGUCCCUCUGCACAUUUCCAGCAGGCCUGUCAUAGCCAACGAUGAAAGCAGUUGCUACUCUCAGUGAUUUGUCACUUAGUGUUACUGCUCUACCAGUGGUUUGUUACCAUGGUUACUGUCCUUUGAUGCCAGACCGAGGACUGAGGUCAUCUAAAGUGGAAAUCGUCAACAAUGGUAGAAAGUGUGGUCUGUGUAGCUAGCGUGUUGUGGUGUGUGUGGCAUAACAAUGUCUCCUGUCUGCCACUCCGUUCUCUCAUAUUCGUCUUGACAUCUUCACCCUUUGAUGUCGGCGCGCCACUCUGGCCGCAAUGUUUACCUCAAGAAAGUGUGGUGUACACCGGAGACUGAGAGUGUUGACGGAAACACCACCUCACCCUGCAAGACUGAGGACAGGAGGUCGUGGAAACUGCUCUCCACCCUCCCGACUGACUGAUGCUCACCUGAUGUCGGGGGUCGUGGGGGUCGCACACCGCCGGCUAAUUCAUUUCCGCUUGAAUACGAGAGGUGGAGGAACUGCCAGCGGACACUGACCUCUGGUCAUCAUAUAUUUAUUGAAAGGGAAAUAAAAUCUCUGCAAUCUCCACCAGACUACUUUUGUUCGGAAAAAAGGUUUUUGCUUGUCUUGGGUGCUAACAGCGAUGUGUUUGUGUGUCUGUCUGUGUGUCAGCCUACAUCAAGGUGUGGGCUUACAAAGGAGAAUAAAGUGAAGACACACAAAGAAAGAAAAAUAAUUUUGCCAAGUUUUUGUCUACUCUAACCAUCCAUUAUCAUUUUUUUUUUUGUAAACUGACCCUCCCCAACAUGUAUUCAUUCAUCUGGCACGUGAAUCUCUGUCAAGGUUACAGAAACGGGCAACCGCCUGAUGACACACAGUUUGUGUGUAGAACACAGUGAUGUCAACUACUGUAUAUAAAUGUGUCUUUAGGGUGUUUAGUAGAUGUCUAUGUUAGUUCACUCCGGUAGUCACGGGAAACGUCGUCUGACCAGGGACCACGGUGUGACACGGACACAAGGCGUGACACAGACACACGGCGUGACACGGACACAUGGCAUGACACGGACACACGGUGUGACACGGACACAAGGCGUGACACAGACAUGACACGGACACACACACAGUCAGACAAGCCCAGUAAAGGGCCAAACAGUAUAACAGACAAAAGCAAAGAAGGAAGAGGAAGAAAGAGCGUCAGCCUCAGGAUGGGAAGCAAAGUCUGUCAGGCGAAUAUCGUAUAUCAUUGUGUCAUGUCAAGUCAUGUCAUGUCGUGUUCUCUCUCUAAGUUUGUAAAAAGUUGUAAAAGUUGUUUUUAAUGUCCCUGUCAGUCUAAGACCAUUGGCAUGGCGCUGCCAGGCUGCUGUGGAAAAUCGUUCAACGUGAUCCCACCAUGCAGCUUGUCCUGUCUGCACGCUUACAUGCACGAACCGCCACCUCAUCCAAACAAACAAACAAACAAACAAACAAACAAACAAACAAAAAUCUAGAUCGUCUUAUGACUGGCCAUUAGGUUGUUUCAGCGACUGGACGGGUCAGGUCUUGUCAGGUCAGGCUGACCCUCCCGUGCGUGGAUUUCUAAGAAGGGGUAAAAAAAAAACCCUCCUCCUUCUUGUUUUCUUUUAAUCAUCGGCAGUCAAUAUAUUUGUGAGGACGUCUCCUCUGGGACUUGGAAAACAUUUGAGCGCUGAAGACAGGCACACAAAUGUGGCAGCCAGCAAAGAGAGGCUGAAAGAUGCAAUGUUGACAUUCCACAAGUAACGGGCCCAACACUCUCUCCAAUCAGUCAAGGGGCUGAAAUUUCGGGUACAGUUGGGUAGACAGCGACAAAAACCUCCUCUACCACUCUCCAGUUAUGCCAGAAAUAAACUUAGAUUAGUGGUAGGCAGAGAAAUUCUGAUAAAGUUUACCUACUAAAGUAAACAUAGUAAACAAGUUAUUUACAUUCGUUCUGAUGCAGCUAUAAUUGUUUU